CCUGCAUGUAAAUUUAUGGUUUUCGUUUUCAAUUUAUUUUAUGCAUUUGUUAUUGUAGAGCAAUUGACAUUGAAGCAGAAAAAGUUUAAUAUUUCUGGUUGCUACAACUCAGAGCCAAGCUUAUCAACACGAUAGGAUAGCACCUGUGGAUGGAAACGAUAAUUCAUAAAAGCAAACAUAAGCCGGUCCGCAAAUGUAAGGUUCUCAUUUGCAAAAUUCACCAUUCGGUAUGCCGACUGUCUGGCGAGGAAGUCGAUAACGCGCGAACUGAAAUUGCUUCCACCCUACCAUUGACAACGCUAGCUGAAGCUUUAGAAAUGGACGAAAAACUAAAUGGCGAGGAAUUUGGUACUUCAAUGAAACAGUUUGUUAUAAGGAUUAAGGGCAGUUCAGACAGUGUACAUGAUGUUUUGCGACAUUUAUACGCUGAUGAAUUUUUGUAUCUAUGUAACUGGGAUGGUAUCGAAGGGAAGCAACCCCUAUCGAAAUUUCUACUGGUGCCCGAUAUAUUGUAUGAUUUUUUAUAUUUCGUUAGCGGACCGUGCUAUUUCAGUGGGAUUUGUAACAUAUCCACACCUUGAUCAAUGUCUUGUAAAUCAAUCUAAAUGUUUUUAAAAUCUAAAUAAAGCUAACAUCUGCGUUCUUAUAAUAACUUCUAUAUAAAAA